AUGCGUUCAACUCCUUCUGGUAACAUUUCCAGCCUAGGGCACAUCAAUCCCAGCUUCCAAUUCGCCAAGCGCCUCGUAAAACUUGGUGUCAGCGUCACCAUUAUAACCACCUCUUCCGCACUCAAUCGCAUGACCAAAUCCGCUGCUACACCACCACGAGGCUUGGCCUUUUUGGGCUUCUCCGACGGGUAUGAUGAUGGCAACGGUGGCUCGUUCAACUUGGUCAACGAUGCCAACCGCUACAUGAAGGAGAUAAAGAUCCCCGGGUCAGAGGCCGUAGCGAAACUCAUCACUUCAGCGGCUGAAACUGGCCAGCCUUUCAUUCAUGUGGUCUACACCAUAAUUUUGGGUAGGCCAAGUUGCAUAUGCCUGUCACGUGCCUUCCACUCUCCUCUGGAUUCAACCAGCCACCAUCUUUGGUAUUUACUAUUUACUAUUUACUAUUAUUACAUCAAUGGUUAUGGAGAUUCCAAUGGACAAAACAAGAAUGACCCCUCGUGGUCAGUUGAAUUUCCGGGACUGCCACCGCUUACCGCCGGUGACCUUCCCUCCUUUUUGCUUGCUUCAAACACUUUUAAUUUUGCUCUUCCAUUAUUUGAAGACCAUUUUGCGAUACUUGAUACCGAAACAAAUGCCAAAGUACUUGUAAACACCUUUGAUGCUUUGGAGGCUGGGGCCCUGAGAGCAAUCGAUCGAGAAGUUAAACUUGGUUGCCCGUUCGGAAGCAUUUCAGCCAUAGCGAAGAAACAAAUGGAGGAGAUUGCACACGGGUUGCUUGAAUGCGAGAGGCUGUUUUUGUGGGUGGUAAGAGCAUCGGAAGAGGAGAAGCUAAGUUGUAAAGAGCAAUUGGAAAAACAAGCGAUGAUAGUGCCGUGGUGCUCUCAAGUGGAGGUUUUGUCACACCCGUCGGUUGGGUGUUUUGUGACGAACGGAAAACUUGUGGAGGAUGUUUGGAAGACAAGGAAAAGUGCAUAG